UUGAGUGUCGUCGGUAUACCGCCCGUCAUUAUCAAGCAACCUGUUGAGUCUGAAAUUCUUUUUAAAGUAUCUUCAAAUAAUUCCAAACAGCAAACAGCUUUUGAAAUUUCUUGUGAAGCUGAAGGUUCCCCUCAACUUGAAUAUCGUUGGAUAAAAGACGGCAAAUCUUUCAAUGUUUCUGAACAAGACGAUAGAAUCGUGCAAGAAGCUGAGAGUGGAACAUUGAAAUUCCUAAAACCAAAUAAAAGUGACAUCGGAAUCUAUUCGUGCAUUGUUGAAAACAAAGACGGAGUUGCACGAACAAGCAAUUUCAGUUUACGGAGAGUAUUUCUCGAGAAUUUCAAAAAUGUUACUGUUCACGUUAUUGAAGUCAUCGAAGGCGAGUCAUUCAAGCUCGAGUGCAAUACACCGAAUGCUUAUCCAAAUCCGAACAUAUUCUGGAUGAUUCAAACUACUUAUGGUGCAAUUAAAGGGAUUGAAAAUUCACAAAUUACUUCAGAUACUUCAGGAAAUUUGUGGUUUAGUCCAGUAAGUAGAGAACAUGCUUCAAAAGAUUCAUUUUACGUUUGUUCUGCAGCAUCUGCUAUUGCCAAUGAAUAUAAACUAGGCGAUCGUUAUGUCCUUAAAGUUCUUCCAAAAUUAACAAGAAAGUUCAUGCCAGCAAAACUUCAAUAUGCAUCUCAGCCUUCAAUAUCGGUUCUUCGAGGAAAAACCGCGGAAAUCUUUUGUAUUUUUUAUGGAACGCCAACGCCAAAAGUUCUGUGGAGCAAAAACGUGGGUGAAAUUGAAUUUAAUGAGCGUAUCUUCUUGGAAAAUUAUGGAAAAUCUUUGAAAAUUAGAAAGAUUGAUGCAAACGAUGAAGGAAUAUAUUUUUAUAAUAUGGAAAACAUUGUGGAAAAUGGAAAAGUUGAUACAGAAGAACAACAAUAUGAGACUAAUGAUAAAAAUUUCUUGAUGACGUACGACGAUGUGGACAAUAAAGUGUUUGACUUUGACGCACACUUCAAUGGAAAUGGUUUGAGUUCUGGUGACGAACUUGAUACCGAUUGUGAUGUUGGUGGCUUUGAUAACAGUGAAAAGAAGAAAAUGUUGAGGAUGAAAUUGUUGAAGAAACAAAAUUGUUCUGACAUUGAUCUUCACAAUCAAUCAUGUAAUUGUAAUUUCCACGAACCUUCAACCACCGCCGUCGCAACAAAUCGUCGACAAAAUUUGAGUUCUUCCUCGACUGAAACAUUCCCGAAAUCAACAAAAAAUAUUCCUCAACAAAUCACGUUCACUGGAAAGUUACAACAAAUGAUGAACAAAGCUUCAACAAUUUUCCAGAUCUUUGCACUCUCACAAUUGGGAUGCGCUGGUGAGAAUUCGAAACAUUUCAAACGAAAUACUUUAAAGAAAACAACAGUCGGUAAUCAUUGGGGUGACACGAGGGCGAAACUUGAAGUUGACAUUCAAGAAAUUCUCGGAUUAGUGAUGCAAAUCAACAAGAUAGCAGCUAAUGAAGAGCACUUGAAGAAGAUUCGUGACAAAGAAGAUGAGACUGAAGAUGACGAUGUUUUCGUCGAAGCGAAAUCGAAAGCGCCAGUUGUAGUCAAAAAACAAAAUCGUUAUCGUUCGUCUUCAUCAUCUUCGUCCGUCACUUCAAUCGUUCCACUUACAAAUAAUAGUUUGAUAUCUUCUUCCAAAUCAGAUGAAUUGAAGUCUUUAAAUAUUGAGCUGAUAACAUUAGUAAGAAAAAAGUUUGCAGUGACAUUACAAAAGCUUAUCCAACAUGGAUUGAGAAGCGUAAAUGAAACGAGACAUUUGGUUCCGUUUAUUGGAUGUUUUUCGAAUUUUCAACUCAAUAGCAGUGACCACCACCAAGGGAAAUAUCCUGAAGAAGAUUACACAGAGAUGCAUGCUUGGGAGUUGAUUUUAGAAUAUUAUAGUCUUAAGAAUGGCGACUUCUAUACUGAAACACCAGCUCAAAAGUUAUCCCAAAGUUUUAAUCUCGAAAUUGUCGGUGAAGGAUUAUCAACAAACAAACAGACACUUUUACUUACCAUUAGAAACAUCACGAACAUCCACUCACCAUACAAAAGAAGUUUCAACUCACAUUUCAAAGCUUUUGUCUGUGCUGGGCUUAAUUCUCACAAGUUAGUGCAGUGGCUUAACUUAAUUUUCCAAUGUCACGAUCUCGUUACAACAUAUUACACAAGUUGGAGUUACGUGGCUCAGACUGGUUUUCGUGACGCUCUCAAAUCAAUCGAUCAACUUUCAAAAUAUGAAUUUUUCGACCUUCCUGUGGAUUUGGCGAUAAGAAAUCUUGCUAACAUCAAAGAUGUUUUCUCGUAAAGCUUUAACACUCAACAUUCCAUGAAAAAGACGAAAACAAACCCCGGAAAUAUCUCACAUGAUGACAUAAAAUUAUCAUAAAUCAAUGCAAUUAUUAUUUAAUAAUCACCAUAAAUACAAAUACAUGAAAUGAUGUCUAUAAAAAUGAAGUAUAAAGUUAACCGAA